UGGUAUUGGGCUGGCUCGGGCCCACUUUGAAAAACAGCCACCAUCUAACCUCAGGAAAUCCAACUUUUUCCACUUCGUGCUUGCCAUGUACGACCGCCAUGGACAGCCAGUGGAGAUCGAGAGGACGUCUUUCAUCGACUUUGUGGAGAAGGACAGAGAGCAGAAUGGAGAGAAAACCAACAACGGCAUUCACUACCGGCUGCAGUUGCUGUACAGUAACGGGCUUCGAACUGAGCAAGAUCUCUACGUACGACUCAUUGACUCCAUGUCCAAGCAGGCCAUCAUCUACGAAGGUCAAGAUAAGAACCCAGAGAUGUGUCGCGUGUUGUUAACUCACGAGAUCAUGUGCAGCCGCUGCUGUGACAAGAAAAGUUGUGGAAACCGCAAUGAGACCCCUUCCGAUCCGGUCAUCAUUGACAGGUAA